GUCAUUACACUACAAGAAGCGCCUGGGUCGGUAUUACCUGGCCGUAUGCCAAGGAGUGUCGAGGUCAUACUGAGUGAUGAUUUGGUCGAUAGUGUUAGGCCAGGUGAUCAGUGUUCUAUUGUUGGAACCUAUCAUGCUAGAUACGACAGUGCAGGGAAUGUGAGGGCAGGGUUCCCAGUAUUCAAAUGUGCUAUUGAUGCUAAUUCUAUUGUAAGACAGAAUGAGAUGAAGAUAGAGAGUGUUCGAGACGAGGAUAAGAGAGAGAUAUUCGCGCUGUCGAAAGAUCCGCAUGUCAGAGAGCGCAUAAUUGCCUCGAUCGCCCCAUCCGUCUAUGGUGCUACUACGGUGAAGACAGCACUGGCUAUGGCCCUCUUCGGUGGUAGAGAGAAAGUAGCGCAGGGUAGACAUAGGAUAAGGGGAGAUAUCAACGUACUUAUCCUUGGUGACCCGGGCCUUGCCAAGUCUCAAUGCUUGAAAUUCGUUAAUAAACUAUUCCAGCGUUCAGUAUAUACCACGGGUAAGGGAGCUAGUGCUGUUGGCUUGACGGCAUCAGUUCGUAAGGAUUACCAGACUGGGGAGUAUACACUUGAGGGCGGUGCACUGGUGCUAGCUGACAGUGGUAUAUGCCUGAUCGAUGAGUUUGAUAAGAUGAAUGAUGCUGAUCGUACCUCCAUCCAUGAGGCUAUGGAGCAGCAGAGUAUAUCUAUAUCUAAAGCGGGUAUUGUGGCAUCCCUCUCAGCCAAGUGCUCAGUCGUAGCAGCUGCUAACCCUGUCGGAGGUCGAUAUAACCCUAGUCUUACCUUCACUGACAAUGUAGACCUCACGGACCCCAUCUUAUCCCGUUUCGAUGCUCUAUGCGUGAUACGAGAUGAGAUAGAUAUAUUCCAAGAUGAGCGUCUGGCUGACUUUGUCGUCUGUACCCAUAUGCAAAACCACCCUCGUGAGCCUAACGACAACGUGAGGCCUCGGAACCAGGAGACGGAAGCACUAUACGAACCCAUCGAUCAAGACCUUCUGAGGAAAUAUAUCCUCUAUGCAAG